AACCAAUCAAAGUUUAUCUGGCCCUCUGCAACACUGUGUGCCUCAGCAAACAGCAAACAAGACCUUAAAGAAUACAAGAACAGAGGGCGUGUGGUUGCCUCUCACUCUCUCACUCUCUCCAGCUUAUCUGUGUGAUCUGGUCGUACGCUUUAGAGUUUGGUAGUAGCAGCAAACAUGUCACAAGCGGUGGUUGCUGCAGCUGCCUCCUCCUCCUCUUCUUGCUCUGCCACCUUCACCAGGCACCAGUACCACCACUCCAUCAAAACUCCACAGCUUCUUACAAGUCCAAAACUUUUGCCAUCAAAUCAAUGCCAGAAAAGUAGCUUCCAAGGCUUGUCACUUGGAGAAGCCAAAAGGGGUGUCUUUGGUUCUUUCGUAGCUGUAGCUGAGGCUGAGAAGAGGAGUAACGCAAGAACAAGAACAGGGCUUGGGAUUAUUACAGCAAAAACUGCCGGGGCUUCAAAGACAAUUGAGGCUGAGGUUGACAAGCCAUUAGGCCUCACUUUGGGUCAAAAGCCUGGAGGUGGUGUUACCAUCACUGCCGUGGAUGGAGGUGGGAAUGCAGCAAAGGCAGGGCUCAAGGCAGGGGACCAGGUCCUCUACACUAGCAGCUUCUUUGGCGAUGAAUUAUGGCCGGCAGAUAAGCUGGGAUUUACAAAAACUGCCGUCCAAGCUAAGCCAGACUCUGUUUACUUUGUUGUUAGCAGGGGUGGUGCUUCUGUAGAUGUUAAACGACUGCCAAAGCGUCCGGCUCCUCCUCGCUUUGGAAGGAAACUAACUGAGGCUCAAAAGGCUAGAGCUACUCAUAUAUGCAUUGACUGUGGAUUCAUAUACACAUUACAGAAGCCUUUUGAAGAGCAGCCGGAUGCAUACGUAUGCCCUCAAUGCAGAGCACCAAAGAAGAGGUUCGCACGAUACGACGUGAACACCGGAAAAGCAAUUGGUGGUGGUUUGCCUCCGAUUGGUGUCAUCAUUGGCCUUCUGGCUGGUCUUGCCGGGGUUGGAGCAUUGCUUGUAUACGGUCUUCAAUGAAAACAUUCUUAAUUCCUCCUCCUGUUUAGUUAUACCACUACUAGUACGUUUAAAAUUAUACUGCCCCCUCAGUCCUCAGAUCAUGCAUCAAUUAUUGCAACAGUGUAAUUUCCUCUAAAAACCAUAUGGAAUUGGUUCAAUAGCAUCACUGGGUUAAAAUAAA